AUGGCUACCCAAUAUCAAUCGAAUCAAUACUCGAGGCGUGAAAGUGUAUCCGAAAAAUACGACGCAACUCCACGAAGGAAAACUACUCAACGUCGCGAACAAAGUCAAAGAUCCAGUGACGGAACUGUUAGCACAAUGAUGAGCAAUGCCUCGACGGGAAGAGAAUCAGCGGCUACGCACACGACGGAAGGUCCUGCAUAUUCAAAAAAGAUUGUCGUGGUUGGUGAUGGUGGAUGUGGGAAAACUUGUCUUUUGAUAAGUUAUAGUCAAGGAUAUUUCCCAGAGAAAUAUGUUCCAACUGUAUUCGAAAAUUAUAUUACCUACCCAACACAUCAAAAGACAGGCAAAACACUCGAGUUGGCGUUGUGGGAUACUGCAGGACAAGAGGAAUAUGAUCGACUUCGUCCGCUAUCAUACCCAGAAACCGAUUUGUUGUUUGUUUGUUUCGCCAUCGACUGCCCUAAUUCCCUCGAAAACGUUAUGGACAAGUGGUAUCCCGAAGUCCUACAUUUUUGCCCAUACACACCCCUUAUUCUCGUCGGUUUAAAAUCUGAUCUAAGAACGAAACGUACCUGUAUCGAUCUCCUCAAAACCCAAGGUCUCACACCCGUUACCAGCGAACAAGGAAUGGCCGUUGCCAGAAAGAUGGGAGCCCGCUAUAUGGAGUGUAGUAGUAAAGAGAUGACCGGUGUGGAGGAAAUCUUUACCGAAGCCAUCAACACAGUUGUCGUCAACGACCGAAGCAACCAACAAACCACAUCAUCUCACGGUCCACCCGGUACAUCAGGUUCACAGGGUGCAGUUAUUCCGAAAAAGAAGAAGCGCAGUUGUCGAUUCUUGUAA